AUGAGGAAAUUUCUCCUCUUCGGAAUAGCGCGUGUUGAUCUUUGGCCAGGCACCGGGCUCCGUGCGCGGCCGCCAGUGGCCAAUAGCAGGCAACGCGCAAAAUGUUCUAUUUACACGUGGGCCACCGGUGGCAGAGCCGGGCGAGGUAGCGGCGGCGGGUGGGGGCGGGUGGGGGCGCAACGUCGCGAUGGGCGCCCAAUGAUGCCGCGCCGCAGACGCCGCCUCGCCUCCCGCCUCAGGAACUACCUGAGGGGCCUCUUGGCGUUCCUCUUCAGCAACGUCGGGGUCAUUGUCCUCGUCGUCGCUUACACAGUCGCCGGUGCCUUCAUGUUCCAAGCCAUUGAGGGAGCGAGCGAGAUAGAACGCGUGAACAAUAUGACGUUAGAAAGGAACAACACUGCCCAGUACCUCUGGCAGAAUGUCACUCUAGCGCUUAAUUUGUUCAAUGAAACAGCGUUGAAGCACAGGAUAAGCAUCGAGCUGAAUAAGUACCAGGGCAAGGUGGUGGCGGCUGUGCGCAAAGGCUGGGACGGCGGCAGGUCUUCGCGCCAGUGGAGUUUCUCCUCUGCAUUUCUUUAUUCGCUCACCGUUAUAACUACUAUAGGUUACGGUCACUUGAGCCCCCGGACUAGUUGGGGAAAGGUCAUGACCAUAUUCUACGCAUUACUCGGGAUGCCGCUCUUCCUAUUGUACGUCACCAAUGUCGGGCAGCUGUUGGCGCGUUGGUUCAAGUGCGUGUACGCCCUGGCCUGCCUCUGCCGCGGGUGCGCGCGAGUGCCGCGCCCCCUGCCGCGACACCAGCGCCCCUAUUACCCCACCAUCCGUACCACCCGCGCACUUCGGCAGCUGUUGGAACAAACGUUGGUUUCAAGCGAAAUUAUAGAUCAAUCGCUUAUUCCAAUUCUCAUUGGUUUGAUAUUAAAGAUGGAGAUAAGUGAAGCGGAGAGCAUCGAACGCCUGCCAUCUGAGCAGCCGCCGUACCACCUCAGGCGCCCGGAGUACAGUUCAUCGAGCGAGCUAAGUUACGUGUCGUACGACAUGCAAACCGUGUCCGUGCCCGUGAGCGUCUGCGUGGCCGUCAUGGUGGGGUACAUCAUGUUCGGCUCCAUGAUCUUCGGCCUCUGGGAGAAGUGGGACAAGCUUGACGGUGCCUACUUUUGCUUCAUAUCGCUCAGCAGCAUUGGUUUCGGUGACUUCGUCCCAGGGGAGCGGAUAUACACGGCGCGCAUCGAGACCUCCUUCAUCGUGUGCUCUAUGUACCUCACCUUGGGGAUGGCGCUGGUCGCCAUGUGCUUUAACCUUAUGCAGGAGCAAGUGAUACAUUACUUCGCGGGAUUGAAGCGAGCCUUGAAGCGUAUCUGUCGCUGCAAAAGG